AUGAUUCUGCUCGGGCUGCUGACUUCCCCUGCCAAUCUUAUCACGGUAUUCAUCGGGAGUGGAUUGUCGCUUCUUGCCGCGGGCAUGUACAUCAGUGGCAAUUUGAAGUCUUCCGAUAGAGAAAAGAACGGGGAUACUGCCGCUGUGCUUCGCCGCAUUCUGCCAUUCGGACUGGCAUCCUUCGUCAUAUCUACACUGCUCCUCACGGGCUCGUAUCACAAGGUGAUCAGUGAAUUUGGCAACGACGCGUACGGAUCGCCGCUAAUGGAUUCGGGCGCUUGCGCACGCCGACCGCUUCGAUUCGCGCCGGACCCGAACGUGCCGCGCGAGUACCACAAGUUCGACGAUGUGCUGUUGAUUGUGUUCUUCAGCCACCCGAGGUAUGAUGUGAACUUGGACUUUUACCAUGAAGUCUACUCAGACUAUUUCCCAAACAUCCUCUACAUCGGACCUGAGAGCCGCGAGGACAAGGGCUUUGAUCACUCUUACGACGUUUUCGUCGACUCGUACGAGUCGGAUGAAGAUCUGAGCGAUCCGUCGUUCUACAAGAUGGCUGGGCGCAUGGCACACCACAUGCUCUACACCGCCAUGCAAGAGCAUCCGUGCUACUCCGGCUAUCUCUGGGCGCCCUUCGACACGCUCCUCAAUGUGCCCCGGCUCGAGCAGUUCGACCAGAGCCGGUUCUGGUACCACUCGCCAUGGGGGCGACCUGUGCCAAACCCGGCGGUUGACGAUGGCGGGAAACUCAGCAACGGGACGCAUGCUCCGCCCGCGAACUUGCAGCCGAACUCGACGGAGGCUUUGCUGGCCAACUGGACGGGGUGGCAGAAGGACUGGUGGUGGGGCGACCCGCACGUCGGCCUCGAGCCCUGCACAUCCGCGUACGCCACCGUCCGCAGCGAGUACAAGGACCGCCUCGCGGCGUUCACGGGGCACCCCACCGCGAGCACCGACGUGCGCUUCGUCGGCGGCUCGGCGGACACGCUGUACGUCCCCGGCGCGCGGCGCGGCGCGUUCAUGGAGAUCCUCGGCGCGUUCCUGAGAACGGACUGUUUUCUGGAGAUCGCGACGCCGACGGCGCUGCACAUGGCUGUGCCGUACAACGAGGCGAUCUUGUUUGUCGAUCAUUGGUGGAUAUGGGAGCCGCCUAAGAAUGCGACGUUUGUGAGGCAGCGGUGGGAGGCUGGGUUCGAGGUCGACACGUUCCAUACCUUCCAUUGGGGUGACAACGAUAGCGACGGUGUCUGGCAAGGCAACCCGGCGAACAUCCCCGACGUGCGCCAGCUGCUGAAGGAGUCCGCCGAGCGUCAAAAGAUUGAAUUCCCGGUCAAGGAGUCGUCAUGA